AGCCCCUGAAACCACGGCGUCUGCUCCGGGCGGCGUCCCUGGUCCCCGGGGGCCAUGGGCCGGGUCUCGGGGCUCGUGCCUUCGCGCUUCCUGACGCUGCUGGCACAUCUGGUGGUGGUCAUCACUCUCUUCUGGUCGCGGGACAGUAACAUCCAGGCCUGCCUGCCUCUCACCUUCACUCCCGAGGAGUACGAGGAGCAGGAUGUCCAGCUGGUGGUCGCUCUUUCGGUCACGCUGGGCCUCUUUGCAGUGGAGUUGGCCGGCUUCUUCUCAGGAGUUUCCAUGUUCAACUGCACCCAGAGUCUCAUCUCCAUCGCUGCGCACUGUAGUGCCUCCGUGGCUCUGUCCUUCUUCAUCUUCGAGCGCUGGGAGUGCACCACCUACUGGUACAUCUUUGUCUUCUGCAGGUGAGGUGUUUGGCGACGGGGGAGGAAGGUUUACCUGGAUUCUGAAGCGCCCUCCCGGCUGUCACGGAAAUGGCAUUAUUCGUCGCUGUCUUUGGACUGAAAAAGAAACCUUUGUGAUCACCUUCAGGAGGGAAAUGGAGGCACCCAGCUGGAGGAGGGCCAAGCAGGAAGGCAAAAUUUCUCCCUUAUUUGAAACGGAUUUUGGACUUUAUCAGGAAUCUAGGGCCACAGGUAUUUUAUUUAGUCCCUUUUGAAAACACGUACUGUACUUUAUGAUAUCACAACUUAAUGGUAACAUUUUUCAAACCAUAUCAUCUUGGAAGGAAUGUCCUCCCUUUAAAAACAAACAAACAAACAAAAAACAAACCAAUUACAGGAGACCAAACGACCCAUGUUUAAUGUUUAAUCACAAGCAAAAUCGAGGAGGGGCAGGAAUGCUGGACAAUGGGAGCCAAACAACAGAAUGGAAAUACAGUCAUUAGAAUUGGGACACACUGCGAAUAUUGUAACCAAUGUCAAGGAGCAGUUUGUGCAACAAUGGUUAAACGGGAAUCUAAUUCGCUAUAUAUAGUCUGCCCUAAAACACUAUAUAUAUAUAUAUAUAUAUGUUUAAAAGACAUAAAAAUGUCAAGGGUGAAUCUGGCUGGCCAAACUACUGAAAAAAACACUGUUUUCCACCCUUGCAGACCUUAGAAUUGUAGAUAUCGCUUUUAUUUCGAUGAUUACGGUAGCCCUCUGGCGGAGGCGGGUGGGCGGUAAUAUGUAAAUAAGGGAUACACGUGGCUCCUAUUCCUCCAGCACGUACGGGGCAUAGAGCAUUCUGGGAGGGAUUGGUUUAUUCCUUUUCGGGAAGCCAAAUUAAAAAUAGAGAUAGAUAUUAAGAGAUUAGCAGAGAAAGGUAGCUAGAUAAGUGGAGAAAAGUAAGUAGGAGUAGGUUGCUUGAGCUAAGGAGUUUUAAACUCACCCUAGAUGAUAGCGGAAUCUGUUUCACUGAGUACAGGAUGGCACUAUGUUACAAUUUAUCGUCAGUAAGGUUAAUCCUUACCUGUUCCUCCUUUUGGAGAACAGAGAUAAAAUGAUGAUUGGAGCUCUCAUGAUACGUGAUUAGCGUCUCCGUGUGAGCAGGACUUGCAACAUCCUGUUUGCUCCUAUCUGAUUUUCUGACGAUCGAGUUUUUAAGUUGACGGUAUUGGGUAGGAUUUUAUGGUUUAACUUUGUUUUCAGUGUGGUUUCCUUACAGGAAACAUCGUCUUAUGGCCUUUUUAGUAAGUAAAGAAGUUUUGCGUGAGCUGUGGCCCUUUUGCAGGGCUUACUUGGUUUGUAUCAGUAGUUGUCUGUGGUUUAAGAUUUUGCUGUUGGACUUCGAUUUUAAAGACGUCGAUGUGUCUGGGAGGGACUCUAGCAAUGGCGCUCUUAAAAUUCUCCUUUAAGUGUAAGUUUAAGCAGAAAGUCAUUUUUGUACAUCUCUCAUACUUCUCUAUGAAAUGAUUAAACAAGAAGCCAAACCCA